CAAGCGUAGACAGAGAUUGGUUACAGCUUAUAAACCAUUAUAUCAUCCCGCUUAAUAUUAGUUCCAUCCAUUCGUUUAAUGAUGAACAUUCGCGGCUUUCACGGUGAACUAAUAAAGAUUUGAAGUGACCUCUGGAAGAUAUAUUGUAAGAUUAAAGGCGCGUUGAUACUGGCGUUUCUUCCACUACCUUGGUCAGUGGAUGUACAGCUUAGUUCGGAUAUGGAGUUUACAGUGACCAGCUCGGAUUUGUUUACACCGCACUACAGCCCACAGGUGGACAUCGUUGACGUUAUGCCACCGCCGAGAAAGUCGCAAAACCGUUGGGGAUACUAUCUCGAAGAAAAGCGGCGGAUGCACCACUUCAUCCUGGGCCAUUCACCAACUUCGUUCUCAGUUGACGACAUUCUCGAUCCGAAAAAAUUCAUUGGAGCUGCACGGCUCCAUUGUUCCUGGACGAGUCACUUGAAAGAUUUGGAUACCGAUAGAGAGAUGGAAUUUCAGGAUGGAAAAGGUGAUAUCAAUAAAGCACAAGACACACCAGUUGUUUCUGAAGUAUGUUCGAUAAAAACAUACCAUAAAACAAGGAAUGUAAACAUAAAACCUGAACUAUAUAGCCUUGCAAUUAACGAAAAAUCACCCAUUGUAAACUCAAAAUCUUCAAAGAAGAAGAAAUCGGAGCUUGACAAUAAACCUAGACGAGCGAGAACCGCCUUUACUUACGAGCAACUGGUGACAUUAGAGAACAAAUUCAAAAAUACACGUUACUUGUCGGUUUGUGAACGGCUUAAUUUGGCCCUUUCACUCAGGCUCACCGAAACUCAAGUAAAAAUCUGGUUUCAAAACCGCCGAACGAAGUGGAAGAAACAAAACCCAGGUAUGAAUACAAGUAGCCUCAAAAUUCCUCCCACGCCCUCUAAUACUGGCCUGCUCACCGCUUAUCGGGGUAUUUCGCCACAUCAACAUCCAACGGUGGCGGGACUGCUCCAUGGCUCUCCGCUGACUUUUCUCACAGCCACGCAGGAUCCUCUGUCAUAUUCUUUGUUGCCUUCUGCAGCUCAGUCAUCGUUUUUAUUUUCACAACCUCAAGUUGACUUCUUUUAGAAUCCUAAGGAAAUUAAUAAAUAUAAGAGAAACAAAGUUUUACAGUUGAGCAUGCUAUUUAUGCUAAAGUGUGGAGAAGCAAAAAAUAGGCAUACGAUUUAAAUUACAGCUAAAAUCAAAGUGCAAUGAAAUUGUGUUAUUGUAUAAUUUAUGAUGUAGUAUAAGAAUAUUUACUUUGAAACAUAGAAAUAGCUUCUAUAUUAUUAACAUGCACAUAGAAUAUACACCUCUAUCUAAGAACAACAUUGUUCAAGUAAAUAGCAACUCAACAAAUCAAAUGCGAAUCGAGUUUUUUGGACAACUUUGGAAAUAACAGUGUUUUUAGAAAUUGAAGAUGUAAAUUGCUUAUAAAUAGCUUUAAUAGACACUGGUUAGUAAAUCUACUAUGCCUUAGUUUAAUUUUAGAGUGAAAAUAAACAUUAUUGAAGAAAAGCAUUUGAUAAAUCACUACUUUGUACAAAAAAACACGUUAAGCAUAUCGCUCCAUAUUGUAAAGCUGGUGGUUUUACAGUUUUUAGUGUCUCAUGUCUAACAUAAACGUGCAUGCGUCAACAUGAAAAUUCAGAGCGAAUUAUAAAAGCUUAAUGAGGCUUGUG